AUGAAGACAAUUACUUUCAUUUCGCUUUUUGGCGUCGCUACACUCGCCCACCCAGCGGGCCUGUGGUGGGGGACCGACGUCUGCUACACCAGUCCGGACAACACUGACAACCAGUGCUCGGAGGUCCAAGAGACCGGAUUCGACUGGUCUGAACUGGCCAAUGGCGAUAACUGGGGGUAUGAUGGGUUCGACUUUGUUGGAUUCAGCCCUAAGAGUGCCUGCGGGUCCCGAGGAGACAACUGCAUUGGAGGAACGCUGUCCGGAGAUGACAACUACAAUCUCCAGGUGGAUGCCACCGACGCUCCCUUCUCCAUUCGCAACUUCCAUCUGACGACUUCGCGGGAAACCGAUGUCAUUCUUACCUACAAGACACCCGAGGGCCAUGCCUGUCACCAGGUUGUGUCCAGCUCGCCCCAGGGAGUCGAUGUCCAGAAUGACCAGUGCGGUGGCGCCGUCUCGGUGAACUUCCAACUGCCGGAACAGAGCAAGUUCGGCGAGUGUGAACUGAACCUGCAUCAAGUCGACUUCGAUUGUUCCGCUGGAGAAAAAACCCCAGGCCUUCCAAUCCCCAGUCCGUCGCAAGAAUCCUCGGAGUAUUGGCCAACCCCGACUCCGGCCACUGUGCAUGAGCUCAGUUCAAUCACGGAAGUCUUCCUGUCUACCAGGACUCACGAGAUAACCACUUCCACUGUGUGGACCACCUCCGAACUAACCAUCACCAGCUGCGCACCAACUGUUACGGACUGCCCGACACACUCGACUGUGGUGGUAACCUCAACAUAUGCCCUAUCGACCACGGUCUGUCCUUCCGAGCCCACUGAAACUGGUCCUCUGCACUCGGUUGGCUGGGGAACAACUUCCACUGAAGGCUGGCAUGAAAGCUCCCAGAUUGUGGUUCCGGAUCUUCCUACUACGAUCACAUCUGCAGUCAGCGAGCCUUCUUCUCCUGUCGUUCCUUCGGCGCCAAUCCCCAGCUCUCCUAGCACACAUGCGCCGUGUCCCGAAUUGGUUCCCAAGUGUAUGAACACCUGGCUCUCAAUUCCCAAGUGCGACUCCAACAGUGAUGUGGCCUGCUUCUGUCCCUCGUCCGAAUUCACAGACAAGGUCACUUCCUGCAUUCAGUCCUGGGGUAAAUCCAACGAGGAAAUCCAGUCUGGUCUUGCUUACUUUGCCGGUAUCUGUGCCUCCUAUGUGCCCAAGAACCCAGGCAUUGUCGAGAUUGUCCCGACUAGCACUCCUGUCGCUCUGACUACCGUGUCUAGCUUCUCCUCUCACGUUGCUUUCACCACAAGCACACCUGUCGAGGACGUCAUUCCAGCCACAACAGCUCCUCAAACCCCAUGUACUACUAUUACCUGGUCUUCCCACACAGUUACCGUCCCACAGGUUGGGUUCAGUACCGUUACCGGCGCUUCUUCGACCACUGUGGACCUGGUUCUUAUCACACCCACGAGUCCCACAGCACCCUUGUCAACCAGUUGGACAACGACAACUCAGUGUACAACGACUGCUGACUCUACGACUACUGCCCCUAAGCCCACUGACACCUUUGUGGUUUCUAAUUCUGGAUCACGAUCUGGGUCGGAUAGCUUGUGGGCAUUUGGUGUGGCCAUUUUGGCUCUUUCUCUUCUUCAGGUGUAG